UAAAGUGCCGCACGAGACACAGUUUCGCGAGAUCCUGAAAAAUAAAUUUAUAAAAAGCAAAGAAAUUGUCAGAAACCGCCUCCGAUCGAUCACAAGCAUCUGUCUAACGACAGAUGUUUGGACCGAAAUGUUAAACGUCAGAAGCUACUUGGGGAUCACAGGGCAUUUUAUUCAUGAUUCUCAACUACACUCCGUUUUGCUAGGAGUUGUUGAAUGCAAACAAUCGAAAACAUCAGAAUACAUUGCGAAUCUGUUGCGGGUUUGCUGCAACGAUUGGGGUAUUAAAAACGAAACAAUUUCUUGUGUAACGACCGAUCUCGGUGCAAACAUACUAGGGGCAGUAAGAAUGGAGUACGGUGAACGACGCCAUGUACCGUGCUUCGCCCACACAAUCAACUUGAUCGCAAGCAAAGCAGUCCCCUUGUACAAAGAAGCAUACGCAGCUCGGAUGGAGCCGGUCAUAGAAGAGGAUAACGACGAUGAGCUGGAUGGUGUUGAGGAUCAUUGUACGAUAGAGGUUUCCAUUACACCAGAGAAAAAUAUGAUAUAUAUAAUCAAGAAGAUGAAAACAAUAAUCAAGUUCUUCAAAGCAAGUGAAACAGCCACCAGAGAACUGAGAAAACUGCAGUUGGCCGAUAAUAAAAAGGAAGGACAAUGUCUAGGACUAGUGUUGGAUGUCCGAACACGAUGGAAUUCGAUUAUGGCAAUGAUAGAAAGAUUCCUUGUAAUGGCACACUAUAUUUCAAGGGUACUGCUCGUUGUUCCUAAAACACCAACUAUGUUAACAGCAGAUGAGUUGUCAAUUUUGAAGGAAAUCUGCAAAGUUCUCCACCCAUUGGAAACAGUAACUACCGAAAUGUCAGCUGAAAAGUACGUGACGAUCAGUAAAAUUAUCCCAUUGGUUCGGUUGCUAAAAAUCAGCUAUACAAGUAUGCAGCUUGAUUCUGCUGAAGCUAUGUCUGUAAAAAACAGCAUUAUGCUGCACAUCAUGAAAUAUUUCAAUGAUGUAGGAAAAAGAAAACUUUUCGCGGUCGCAACGCUUCUUGAUCCCCGAUUCAAGAAAAUACAUUUUGAAAGUCCUCUCACGGUGGCCCCCGCUAUUUCAUGGGUUGGGGAACUUGUCAGAACAGCUGCGGAAGAGUCACCUGAAUUCGAAUACGAUCUUCGGAUAUCAGGAGAGCCAGAAACAAACACCACUACCGACGACUUGUGGGCGAUUCAUGAUUCCAUGGUAGCUGAAAGCAAUCGCGUGCAUGGAGAUGACAGCGCCGGAGGAAUUCCCAUUGAACUGAGGCAGUAUUUAAAUACUACAGUCGCUCCGAGGACCUGUGACCCACUUAUAGUGUGGAAUGAAAUACGAGCACAGUAUCCAAACGUGCAUAAAAUAGCUAUGCAAUUUUUAUGUAAUUCAGCGACGUCUGUUCCUUCGGAACGUUUGUUCUCGAAAGCAGGGCAGAUAAUGACUAAGCAAAGAAACCGCUUGUCCGGUUCUAACUUAGACAUGAUAUUAUUCCUACAAUCGAUCGAUGAAAAUGUUUGGUUUUCGUAAAGGUGCGAGAUAGCUGAAAAAUUGCGAUAUUACGUUGCAUCGUUUUAGUGUCUACUGCACAGAGAAAGACACCAAAACGAUUCAACGUAAAAUCGAAAUUUUUCACCGCUUUCGCAGCUUUUUGCGGAACUGUGCGAUAAAUGUAUACAGGAAAUCCUGUUUUUGAGCGAUCCUUUUUUGUACGAUUUCUCGUUUGUACGACCCUUUUUGCGCGAUUUUAUUAUCUGAGCGAAUAGAUUGUGUGAUCUAAGUUCUGAUUUGAUAAUAAAAUGGCACAGAAAGGGUCGCACAAACGAGAAAUCGAACAAAAAAGUACCGCACAAAAACAGGUUUACCUGUAUAGUAAGUAUUAAGAAAUGUAUAUAAUAUGUAUAAGAAAAUGUAUAUAAUAUGUAUAAGAAAAUGUAUAUAAUUUGUAUAAGAAAAUGUAUAUAAUUUGUAUAAGAAAAUGUAUAUAAUUCGUAUGUAUUAAAACAUGUUGAAUAUGUAAUAAGAAAUUUAGAAUUUAGUUAGGAAUGUAUA